UUUGCGGCAGUGUGUCAGGAAGGGCGCCCCUCCUGCCCAGGAGCGCUUUACGGCCGCGGGGGGCACCCAAGAUGGCGGCGCCUUCGCCUUUCAGCGGGGUCCUCCAGCUGACCGACCUGGACGAUUAUAUCGGACCCUCGCAGGAGUGUAUAAAGCCCAUCAAAGUGGAUAAGAAGCCCGGGAAAGCGGCAGCCAAGAUCCGCAUCGAAGACGACGGCUCUUAUUUUCAAGUGGACGAGGAUGGUGCCUCGCAAAAGCUUGAAAAGGCCAAGAUUACUCUCAACGACUGUCUGGCCUGCAGCGGCUGCAUCACAUCAGCAGAAAGUGUCUUGAUCACCCAGCAGAGCCAUGAAGAACUUUCCAAAGUGCUAAAUGUCAAUAAGACGGUGGAUUCUGCUUCCAGGAAGUUGGUGGUGGUGUCCAUCUCUCCCCAGUCCAGAGCCUCCCUUGCUGCAAGGUUUAAACUGACACCUCUAGACACAGCUAAGAAACUGACGGCCUUCUUUAAAAGAUUAGGGGUGCAUUUUAUCUUCGAUACAACUUUCUCGAGAAACUUCAGCCUGCUCGAGAGCCAGCGGGAGUUCGUGGAGCGCUUCCGGAGGCGGGCGGAUGACAAGGCGGCUCUGCCCAUGUUAGCCUCUGCCUGCCCGGGCUGGAUCUGUUAUGCUGAAAAAACCCACGGCCGUUUCAUCAUCCCCUACAUCAGCAGCACUAGGUCUCCCCAGCAGGUUAUGGGCUCCUUGGUCAAAGGGUACUUGGCCGAACAACAGUGCCUAACGCCUGACCAGAUCUACCACGUGACGGUAAUGCCUUGCUACGAUAAAAAGCUGGAAGCUUCCCGGCCAGAUUUCUUUAUCCAGGAACACCAAACCCGGGAGGUAGACUGCGUGAUCACAACAGGAGAGGUGCUAAAGCUGCUGGACCAAGAGGGGGUUUUCCUCCCAGAAGUGGAUCCGGCCCCUCUAGAUAGCCUGUUCAACAGUCUUUUGGAGGAGGAGCUCAUCGGCCACUUGGGCGGUGGUUCCGGCGGCUACCUGGAGCACGUCUACAAGUACGCCGCCAAGGAACUGUUUGGGAUUCAAGUGGAAGAACUGCAAUAUAAGACGCUGAAGAACAAGGAUUUCCAAGAGGUGACGCUGGAGAAGGACGGCCAGACCCUCUUGCAUUUUGCCCUGGCUUACGGCUUCCGGAACAUCCAGAACUUGGUGCAGAAACUCAAACGGGGGAGGUCCCCCUACCACUACGUGGAAGUGAUGGCUUGCCCUUCAGGCUGCUUAAACGGAGGCGGCCAGCUCAGAGCAGACGGCGGUGCCCACAAGGAGCUGCUGGAGGACGUGGAGCGCGUGUACGGAUCCGUCCGCCCUCAAGCCCCCGAGACGAACCCGGCCGUCGCGGAGCUCUACCACCAGUGGCUGGGCGGCCCUGAUUCAGGACGGGCUCGUGACGCGCUGCACACGCAGUACCACGCGGUGGAGAAAAACAACAGUGGGUUUAGUAUCAAGUGGUGACCGUGCGGACCGGCGUGGCUUCUUCCGAUGGGCUUGGAUGCCGUUCCCUUUCCUUUUGAGCAGGGACCGGAUGGGGGAAAAGACUUUUUUUUAAGUGGGCAAAUAUGUAGCAGGUGGGUACGUUGUGUGCAAAAGAUCUCAAUAAAAAGAAUUGGAAGAUUGGGUUUUAAA